AUGCAAAACGACGCUGGAGAGCUUGUUGAGCUUUACGUCCCACGCAAGUGUUCGUCCUCGAACCGCAUCAUCGGCCCAAAGGACCACGCUUCCGUCCAAAUCGACUUUGUCGAUGUUGACCCAGAGACUGGUCGAAUGAUCCCAGGAAAGACCACCCGCUACGCCAUCUGCGGAGCUCUUCGCCGCAUGGGAGAGUCGGACGACGCUAUUUUGAGACUGGCUCAGAAAGACGGUCUUGUCCCAAAGGACGCCUAA